AAGCGGGCAGCAUCGAUCGUGGCUCCUUUAAGACAAACUCAGACAGACAUUUUUUUUUAACCCUCCUCUAAUCUCCCUCCAGUGCAGCAGUUGCAAAGAGGGAGAGAGAGAGAGAGAGAGAGAAAGAGAGCGAGCGAGAGAAGAGAGAAACUGAUUAGGAAUUAGGACUGAUUCAAGGGAAGCGAGCGCUAGGGCUUUGUGCAUUUGAAUAUUAACAUUUGAGGUGUUCUGACCAGAAGAAGACUGAGCGGAUGAUCAUUCAUUCACCACGUUGACAACCUCGCCUGUGAUUGACAGCCGGAGUGGCAGAAAGCCAUGAGAUUUGGUAGUUGGGUCUGAGGGGCGCUUUUUUUUUUUUUAACUGAUUUUUUGGGGAGAGAAGAUCUGCUUUUUUUUGCCCCCGCUGCUGUCUUGGAAACGGAGCGCUUUUAUGCUCAGUGACUCGGGAGCUUUGCUUCAGGUCCCAUAGACCGAAGAUCUGGGACCAGUAGCUCACGUUGCUGGAGACGUUAAGGGAUUUUUCGUCGUGCUUUUUAUUUUUUUUUUCUGGGGGAGUUUACGUAUUUGUUUCUUUUCACACUGGCCUUAAAGAGGAUAUAUUAGAAGUUGAAGUAGGAAGGGAGCCAGGGAGGCCGAUGGCGCAAAGGUACGACGAUCUACCCCAUUAUGGGGGCAUGGAUGGAGUAGGCAUCCCCUCCACGAUGUAUGGGGACCCGCACGCGGCCAGGUCCAUGCAGCCCGUCCACCACCUGAACCACGGGCCUCCUCUGCACUCGCAUCAGUAUCCGCACACAGCUCACACCAACGCCAUGGCUCCCAGCAUGGGUUCCUCCGUCAAUGACGCUUUAAAGAGAGAUAAAGAUGCCAUUUAUGGACACCCCCUCUUCCCUCUCUUAGCACUGAUUUUUGAGAAAUGUGAAUUAGCUACUUGUACCCCCCGCGAGCCGGGGGUGGCGGGCGGGGACGUCUGCUCGUCAGAGUCAUUCAAUGAAGAUAUAGCCGUGUUCGCCAAACAGAUUCGCGCAGAAAAACCUCUAUUUUCUUCUAAUCCAGAACUGGAUAACUUGAUGAUUCAAGCCAUACAAGUAUUAAGGUUUCAUCUGUUGGAAUUAGAGAAGGUACACGAAUUAUGUGACAAUUUCUGCCACCGGUAUAUUAGCUGUUUGAAAGGGAAAAUGCCUAUCGAUUUGGUGAUAGACGAUAGAGAAGGAGGAUCAAAAUCAGACAGUGAAGAUAUAACGAGAUCAGCAAAUCUAACUGACCAGCCCUCUUGGAACAGAGAUCACGAUGACACGGCAUCUACCCGCUCAGGAGGAACCCCGGGCCCUUCCAGCGGGGGCCACACAUCGCACAGUGGGGAUAACAGCAGUGAGCAAGGUGAUGGCUUGGACAACAGUGUAGCUUCCCCCAGCACAGGUGACGAUGAUGAUCCAGAUAAGGACAAAAAGCGUCACAAAAAGCGUGGCAUCUUUCCCAAAGUAGCCACAAAUAUCAUGAGGGCGUGGCUGUUCCAGCAUCUAACACACCCUUACCCUUCUGAAGAACAGAAAAAGCAGUUGGCACAAGACACAGGACUCACCAUCCUUCAAGUGAACAAUUGGUUUAUUAAUGCCCGGAGAAGAAUAGUGCAGCCCAUGAUAGACCAGUCCAACCGAGCAGGCAAGUCCCCCAUAGUGACAGUAUUCAAGUCACACAGGCGAAAAGCAUCCUCAAGCCAUUCACCGGGAGGUCCCAUACCUGUAAGUCAAGGAACACCUUAUAACCCCGAUGGACAGCCAAUGGGAGGUUUUGUUAUGGACGGUCAACAACACAUGGGAAUCAGGGCACCAGGGCUGCAAAGUAUGCCAGGGGAGUAUGUAGCCCGGGGUGGUCCAAUGGGUGUGAGUAUGGGACAGCCAAGUUAUACCCAACCCCAGAUGCCCCCCCAUCCUGCUCAGCUGCGUCAUGGGCCCCCCAUGCAUACGUACAUUCCUGGACACCCUCACCACCCAACAGUGAUGAUGCAUGGAGGACCGCCCCACCCUGGAAUGCCAAUGUCAGCAUCAAGCCCCACGGUUCUUAAUACAGGAGACCCAACAAUGAGUGGACAAGUCAUGGACAUUCAUGCUCAGUAGCUUAAGGGAAUAUGCAUUGUCUGCAAUGGUGACUGAUUUCAAAUCAUGUUUUUUCUGCAAUUGACUGUGGAGUUCCGUUCUUGGCAUCAACUUUGGACCAAGGAGCAUCCCUAAUUCUUC